UGCGGGCACGACCGGCACCACGCCCCCAAGAUAGCGGCGGCCGCCCCGGAAGCGCUCGGCGCGGGGAGGCGCCCAACAUGGCGUGGCGGUGCUGGGCCCGCGCCUGGGACCCGCGGGCGCAUAGGCUGACGGUGCUACUGGAGCAGCGGCGGGGCUUCCGGCGGGCGCGGCCGCGGAGCGAGGAGCCCCAGACCCCCGCCGGCAGUGCCGAGACGCGGCCCGCCCCGCCGCCGCCCCGCCGCAGCCUGUACCCGCCGCCGCCCGUCCGCGGGGGCCGCCCCUCUCCGCGCCGCCUGGUGAAGCCGCUGCUCUUCGCGGUGGGGUUCACAGGCACGGCCUUCGGCGCGGCGGCCAUCUGGCAGUACGAGGCGCUCAAGUCCCGGGUCCAGAGCUACUUCGAGGAGGCGCGGGCCGACUGGCUGGAUAGGAUUCGGCCGCAGAAGAGGGGAAGCUUCAGGAAACAGGUUAACAGCUGGUGGAAUAACCUGACUGAGGGUCAGCGGACUGUGACAGGUAUUAUAGCUGCAAAUGUCUUCAUAUUCUGUCUAUGGAGGCUGCCCGGUAUGCGACGGAUUAUGUUUACAUAUUUCACCUCAGAUCCAUCUUCCAAAGCCCUGUGUUCUCCCAUGCUGCUCUCUACGUUUAGCCACUUCUCUCUUUUCCACAUGGCAGCAAACAUGUAUGUUUUAUGGAGCUUUUCCAGCAGUGUUGUCUCUCUUCUGGGAUGUGAGCAGUUCAUUGCAGUGUAUCUUUCUGCUGGGGUUAUCUCCACUUUUGUCAGUUAUGUUGCUAAAAUGGCUACGGGGAAGUUUGAACCAUCCCUUGGAGCUUCAGGAGCCAUCAUGACUGUCCUUGCAGCUGUCUGUACGAAGAUGCCAGAAGCAAAAUUAGCCAUCAUAUUUCUUCCCAUGUUCACGUUUACAGCAGGAAACGCUUUAAAAGCCAUCAUUGCAUUUGACACUGCAGGGCUUGCUCUGGGCUGGAGAUUUUUUGACCAUGCAGCACAUCUCGGGGGAGCUCUGUUUGGAAUGUGGUAUGUGACUUAUGGCCAUGAGCUCAUAUGGAAGAACAGAGAGCCGCUGGUGAAAGCCUGGCAUGAAAUGAGGACAAGGAAUGCAGGAAAAGGAGGUGGAAGAUCUAACUGACCCUAAUCCCACCGUGCAGCUGCCGGAGGGUUUUUUUGCUACUCCACAUUAGAAACCUCAGCUUCUUAGAGGCCUGACAUUAACUUCAGUUAUAGAAAUGCCUAUCAUUAGAAAAGAAACUCUGACAAAGGUGGAACAAUAAAGUUUUUUAGCCUAUUUCUCUGA